UUCCGUAUCAGCAUAUCGGGUUCCGAUCUAUUGUAAAGCACUGCACGCAGUGGCCGACGAGUCGGUUCAACUCGGCCAUUCUGUUCCAGAACCACGAGGCGAUGGGCGACAGCAUCAGGCUGGGAGAUACCGAUUGCGCGAUUGUCGGGGUCGGGCAAGGCGCAGACUCUACGGAUGUCUGGAUCUCGGCGGUUCCGGGGAUGGAUCAGACGUUCAGCAUAGAAUUGCGAUUUUCGCCAGUGAAGGUGCCGAUCGAGCUGUGCCUCUGGAUCUCUGGCUGCUUCGAGAGCCUGUUGAACAAUCUGUCGGGGUUGUGGGAAAGGAGAAUACUUGACAUUCAUGAGGAGAUGUCGCGAGCGGCUGGGCUAGAUCCUCUGUCUCCUAUUUGGUAUGACAGAGACACCGCUAGGGCAGAGGGGGCUGAUCUGGAGGAUGUUGUUGAUAGAGUACUUCAGGAAAAGCAUUUUGAGUACCUGUAACGUAUAAGGACUGAUUCCGUGGCAUCUAGAUUCUUUAAAGAAUAAUAAAGCAUGC